AAGGACAACGAUCCGAACGCAACGAUUUCUCUUCUCUCUCUUUACAGAAAAUCACUCAAAGCCACACCAACCAAUACAAACAAACGCACUGUAACAGAGACGCAACACCAAGAACAAAAAUGGCGUCUUUUGAGUCGUUUAACGAAGGCGAUGACCUGACUAACCAGUCCCAGGACCACCACGUACCGUCUCCGACGACCCGUCCUUUCGACGACGAUGGCUACGACCCACGUCUUCCCUCUCAACGCUACAACUCUUCAUUCUCUCCUGCCGAUGAUUUCUCUGCUGACCUUCCUCCGGCGUCUACUGGCCUCAACAUUGAUGCUCCCAACGGCAAUUCUUCCACGCCUAAUUACGGCAACGAGAACCCGCAUUCUCCUGAGGUGUACGGUUUCGGUGUGACUACGCCGAAUCCGGACUAUGUGACGCCUUUUGAAAGCUCUGCCGGCGAGGCCAAUGGGAAUGAUGGUGGCGGUGGUGAUGAUUAUGGCGGGUUUUUUGCCUCAGAGGGACCCGUGCUACCCCCUCCUAGCGAGAUGGAGCCUGAGGAAGGUGCGGCAUUUCGUGAGUGGCGCCGUCAAAAUGCCAUCCAUCUUGAGGAAAAAGAGAAAAGGGAGAAGGAGAUGCGCAAUCAGAUCAUUGAGGAAGCUGAAGAGUAUAUACGAUCGUUCUACGAGAAAAGGAAGCUCAACUGUGAAACAAAUAAAUCAAACAACAGAGAACGAGAAAAGUUGUACUUGGUCAAUCAAGAGAAAUUCCACAAAGAAGCUGAUAAACAGUACUGGAAAGCAAUUGCAGAACUCAUUCCUCGUGAGGUGCCUAAUAUUGAGAGGAGAAGGGGGAAGAAAGAUUCUGAAAAGAGGCCCGGAGUUGUGGUCAUUCAGGGACCAAAGCCUGGGAAACCUACUGACCUUUCGAGGAUGAGGCAAAUUUUCGUUAAGCUGAAACAAAACUGUCCUCCCCAUAUGUUGCCACCUCCACCUGCUCCUGUCAAAGAUGGAAAGGAUGGCAAGGAAGGGAAAGCUGGAAAGGAUGCAAAGGAAGGGAAAGACACCAAGAACGGGAAAGUUUCCACACCUACUGCUGCUGGGGCUGCAGCAAGAAUGCCAAAUUCUCCUUCCAUGGCCGGAAAGACACCUACUUCCCCUGCCGUGGCCGGAAGGACGCCUACUUCCCCCACCGUGGCUGGAAAGACGCCUACUUCCCCUGCCACAACUGGGAAGACACCUACUUCCCCUGCUAACAAUGGUGCAUCUCAUGCCCCACCUGACCCAUCUAAACCAGAGACUCCUGCUGCCGCUAAUAUUGAGAAAACUGCUGAAGCUGAGCCUGCUGCUGCAGAGUAAUCAUCACCCGUUCUCUUUUUGUCGAUUCCUUUCCAUUAUUUAAAUGCUUAGGUUAAGCAUUUCUUACUGAUAAUAAGAGCAGCUCUCUGCUGGUUUUCUAGAAUCUGCAGCAGGGCUGGUGAGAGCUUCUUUACAAAUUUAGAAUAUACGUAAUCAAAUUUUGUUGCCUAUCCUUAAUCUUGACGUUAUUGCUUCAAAGUUAACAUGAGACUUAUCUCCUUAUUCUAUUA